GGAGGGCGGCGGUGCUCCAUGGCCGCGCUGCCGUGGCUGGCCGUGCAGCUGGGCGCGGGCCGCGCCGCCAUGGCAGCGCUGCCGUGGCUGGCCGUGCAGCUGGGCGCGGGCCGCGCCGCCAUGGCCGCGCUGCCGUGGCUGGCCGUGCAGCUGGGCGCGGGCCGCGCCGCCAUGGCCGCGCUGCCGUGGCUGGCCGUGCAGCUGGGCGCGGGCUGCGCCGCCUGCGUGGUGCGCGUGGACGUGGGGCGCGCGGCGCGGCCCCUGCCGCACUUCUGGAGGAGCACGGGCUUCUGCCCUCCUUUACCUCACAGCCGUGCUGACCUAUUUGACCUGAGCAAAGACCAAGAGAUGAACCUUGCCUAUAUUUCUUCUGUUCCGCAUGGUGGCAUUGAACAAGUUCGAAUUCACUGGUUAUUGGAAUUAGUUGCUCUCAGAUUGAUGAAUGGGAAACUUCACUACAAUUUUACUGCCUUGGAUAACCUUAUGGAUCGCCUGUGGGAAAAUAAGCUAAUUCCAGGAUUUGAAUUGAUGGGGAAUCCAUCAGGAUAUUUUUUUGAUUUUGAAGAUAAAGAACAGGUAGUAAGGUGGAGAAACUUAAUUACACUUCUGGCCAACAGAUACAUAGAUAGGUAUGGAUUGGAACAUGUUGCUAAAUGGAAUUUUGAAACAUGGAAUGAACCAGACCACCAUGACUUCGACAAUGUCUCUAUGACAGUGAAAGGGUUUCUCAACUAUUAUGAUGCCUGCUCAGAAGGAUUAAGAGCAGCCAGUCCUCUACUAAAAUUUGGAGGGCCUGGUGAUUCCUUCCACCCCUUACCAAAGUCACCCAUAUGCUGGAGUCUUCUGGGUCAUUGCUACAAUGGAACCAACUUCUUCACAGGGGAAACUGGUGUAAGGCUGGACUACAUCUCUCUCCAUAAGAAGGGAGGUGGGAGUUCUCUCUACAUCUUGCAACAAGAAAUAGAAGCAGUUGAACAAAUUCAGAAGCUGUUCCCAAAUUUUGCUUCUAUUGCCAUAUACAAUGAUGAAGCAGAUCCAAUGGUUGGAUGGUCCAUUCCACAGCUGUGGCGAGCUGAUGUGACCUAUGCAGCUAUGGUUGUAAAGGUAAUCAUCCAGCAUCAAAAUCUGCUCAUUUCCAAAGCCAACAACAGCAUCAACUACACACUGCUGAGUAAUGACAAUGCCUUCUUGAGCUACUACCCCCAUUACUUCACACAGCGGACUCUGACAGCCCGUUUUCAGAUGAACAAUACAAAGCCACCUCAUGUCCAGAUGGUGCGGAAACCAGUGCUGACUGUCAUGGGGUUGCUGGCCCUGCUAGGAGAGAAACAGAUUUUUGCAGAAGUGAACAACAGUGAAGGCGAAAACACUGAAAAUGGUACAAUUGGUGUCUUGGCAUCUGUACACACCCCAAUUGAGAUGCAGCCCUCAGACAGUUGGCAAGCUGCUCUGCUGAUGUAUUCAAGUGAAGAUAACAGAACUUCAUCCAACAUCAGCACCAUCACGGUGAAUGCCACCCACUUCCCCAAACUUAAAGAGCUGGUGUAUGUAACAUAUUACCUGGAUAACAACCAAACCAAUCCCUACCUGAAGUGGAAAAACCUGGGAAGCCCUGACUUUCCUUUUCCAGAACAGUUCCAGCAAAUAAGGGAUGCUGAGGACCCAGUGGCAACAGGCCCAUUCCCAUUUCCUGAAGAUGGCAUCCUGACACUGAAGCAAGACCUUCCCAUUCCCUCAGUCUUUCUGAUCCACAUCUGUGCAAGACCCAGAUCUUUUCCUGGUCAAGUGACCGGUGUUCGUUUGAUCCCUCUCACAAAAGGGCAGGUCAUUGUGUUGUGGGACGAUGGUUGUGUAAAUUCAAAAUGUAUAAAGACAUUUGAAGUGGAGUUCUCACCAGAUGGAAAAGCGUACCAGCGGAUUAAUGCCAAAGACACAAUAUUCACUCUCUGGGUCUACAGUCCAGGAAGGUCAGUCUCCGGCUUUUACAGAGUGCGUGCCAUUGACUACUGGGGGAAGGCAGGCCCGUCUUCCCUUCCUGUGGAGUAUGUUGAAGCUUUCAAGUGACCCUGAAGAGUGGUGCCUGGCUUGGUGACUGAGUGGUGUAUGCUUCCAGCAAAUGAUAACUCCCCAGAAAAAUAAACUCCUCCCAGGCUGAGGAGGGAGUAUGGAAAGGACCUGAUGAAGCAGGUUAGGAAUGCAAGUUAGAGGCAACUGCCCCUGUUAACUCUUCAGAGCUCAAAAAACAAACAGCCACCACUGGCAACCCAACUGGUACAAUUGUAAGAGGCUGCCGUAGGACUGGGAUUCAGCUUCAUAACUACGAAUUGUGGGAAUAUUAUUCCCUAUAUACACUGAGGUAAUGGCCAGGAAACCAAAGAUUUAUGGAGGUCACAAACUGCAGCAGGAACGGGACCAUCAGUUCACGGUACAGGUGAGGAUGGCAGUGAAGCACAAGGAGGACCUGUCUGAGAGUGAACUGCCUGCCUCAGGCGCCAGGCUGUCUUGAUGUAAUAGUUUGAUGGAGAAGUGCACAGCAACCAGAUGCAUCCAGAGCAUGAAGUGAAGGAUCCCUGCUUCCCUGCUGGUUAGUUACACAUGCUCCAGUGGCUUAUUUCAGAGCACUUGUCAUGUCUUCAGAUGUAUGAGGUUCUUUACCCUCGCACAGAGGGUUUUGCACCCAGCUCUCUGCAUUUGUGGCUGUUACUUGGAUGCCAGAGCUAUUCUCUUCAUGCAGGCAGAGGAAGGGGUAGCAGCUCAUCUUCAGAGGGGAAGAAGACACAGGAGGCUCUAGCCUCCAGACUUCCCUGCCUUUUCUGCUUUCUGCUUUUGCCCAAGUCACCUCUUUGCACUGUGGCCGUCAGCUGCUGGUUCUUUGUGGUGGCAGCUCUGACCCUGAAAACCCCUUUCUCUCCAUUGCGGUCACCUAGCCUGGCCUUCUACUGCACUUGCAGCUAAUGUCUCUCUCAGCACACCUACCCUCUCAGACUGUCAGUGAGCUGAGGCUUGGCUUUAGGUGGCCAGGAGAAAGCUGAAAUGCUUGUUAGAGCCUUUUGUGUUUUUCAUAUUAUGAGACCAUAUUCUUGAAUAUAACAGGGCUGCUAUUGACAGCCAGUUAGGAAGUCAGUGAAGAACAAUUUGAGCUUCUGUGCUUUGCAGAGCGUAUCACAAGUGUGUGAUAGCCCCAGAUCAUGCUACAGGGCACCUCUGGCAGUCCUUGGAGCUGCCAGAAACUUUUAUGUAACAGCAAAGUUCCCUGACAUUGCAGGGGUGUUUUUUAAUUCUCCUCUUUUCACAACUGACACAGUUUGAACUGUGCCUUUAAAAUGCUUGUAGAGGGAGGCAUAAUGCCAGUGAAAACAACUGGUGUGUUUUCCGUAAGAGAAGCAACUUUGUCGCACAAACAAAUCCCCUACUGCUUUCUUUGCUGACAUCAGCUAUCUCACCAACGUAACAACAAAGACUGCAUAUUUGAUGAAACAUUCAGGCCUCAGACAAAAAAACCCAAGCUUGGGCAGUAGGAGAGAGCUGAACUACCUCAGAUGGCCUCACUUUUACAGCACAGAAAGAAACAUAUAUGCAAAGUCAGUACAUGUGAGACAAGACCUCAUAUCUCCUUACCUUGUGCUUCCUUAUUCAUGUGCUUGUGCUGGAAGUUAGCCUUAAAAGAUUCAUUUUAUUGCAGAAUUCAGACAAAAUAGCUCUUGCGUCACUGAAGUUUGAAUAAGGAGCACUUUGUUACCUCCUAAUCUGCCAAUUCCUUGCCCGUAAAGGCUUGUGCAGAACAGAAAAUGGCUAUUGGAACCUACUUAAUAACUUUCUCAGUUUCAGAAAAGUUAGUGAGAAGUUCUACUUGGAUGGAGAUAGAAAAAAUACAUUUCAAGUAUGUUAUAACUGUCCCUAAGUGAAGAACCAGAAACGCAGUUAAAUAAAAUAGCAGUUAAGACAUAUUGUUUUGCCAGUAUGAAGUGGAACCACAUAAAAAAUGACUUUUAGAAAUGUUCAAAUGUAGGUCCUUAAGAGAUUUUAGUACAUCUGAAGCAAGGGAAGAUACAACACCUAGAGUGGACAGUUUACCCUGUUAGGCUGUCCUAUUAGAGUAGCCAAAUUUUCCCACACUGGCAAUUGAAUAUAGAAGUCUUUAUCAAACCAAGGACCAUGCAGUAGUUACAGGUCUGUGAAAAAGACUGAAGCAUAGCUGUUAUGAAGAGUUUUGAUUUUGCCAUGCAGUGAUGUAACAGAAAAUGUAUAGGUGUGCAAAUCAUGAAAAAUGGAAGACCAAAAAUCACUGCUCCGCUUUAUUUAGCCGACAAACUCAAAUUAUACCUCACAUAGUGAGGUCAGUAAUGGCAUAUAUGAGGCAAAUCUUGCAAAGCUGAUGAGUCCUUGUGGAGUGUUUGGCUUUUGCAAAGGAGCAGAACAGAGAAUGGCAGUUCUCUUACUCAUUCACUGUAUUGAAGUCUGGCCCUAUGGCAAGUGAUUUCCUUUAGGGCAAGUUACCACCUUUUAGAAGAUUUUAGGGGGAGAGUUCUGAUGGCCCAGGGUUUCUGCUUCUCAGUGGUGACAGACAUGAGACUUGCAGCUGCCUCUUCAGAGUGGUUUGUAAUUCUCAUGCUUACUUCUUUUGCCUUAUUAAAAAGCAGGGAAGAGCGCUGUGUUCUUUAAAGUUUUAAGGUAAAAUUUCAUACAUUACUAUCUUGCUUAUUGAAGCCACAAAAAAAGGAGAAAUUUUACAUGCAAGGGCAGAGCUUAACAUGUUGUAGAUGCAAGUAAAAUUGAGUUUCUUAGGGGCAAGUCCAGCCACUUUGAAAAUCUGUCACUAGGUCCCUGUUCUAGGGCUUUUAGAUUAAACAUCAUUCCAUAUGUGGAAGGCACGGUAAUUUUUCAGGUAUUUUCCUGGCAGUGGCAAAUACUCAUGGAAAGCAGAGCUGACCAAAAAUGAUGCACUGUCUGUUCAGAAACAAGUUUUGAAUAUUCAGUAAGAUAUUUUUUUUCUUCUUCUUUACUGCUUUGGUAUAAACUUAUGCCUUUAAGCAAUAAGCAAGUCUCAACAAUUGUAGCAGAGAUGAAUUCGGUAUUUCCAGGUUUGAAUUUAUUUCUAACAAAGUUUAGAAGUUUCGGGCUGCCCUUGUCUUUAUUGUAAUUUCAUGUCUACAGAAAAAUGCUAUUUAAUACUCGAAACUUGAGUUUUAUUUAGCCAUCUGUCACUGACUCUGUCUAAUAGGGCUUCCAAAAUUGCAUGGUUAACUCUGCCAUCUUCUCCAUUACUGGGUAGUCAUCAGCUCCCCCUCACAGUCUCAUUUUUCAGAAGUACCAGAGGUGCAUAGCACUGAGUGGGAGUAGCAGCUGCUUAGUAGUUCUGUACCAUCAGAACCAAAGUAAGACUGCAGAGCACUUGGGUAUGUCUCUUGCUGGCCAUAAAUCCAAAUAGGAAAAUUUAACUGCAACUGCACAAUGAGAUUUUUUGCCUGGUCUUUAAGCAAAAGCAUCUGAGGCUGUGUAACAGUUUUGCAAUUGUUUGUUAAAAUGAAUGCUAGGGAAGAACCUUUCAAAGGAUAGCUUUAUAUUGUCUAAUUGUGUAUAUACUAUAUUAAUUACUAUCUUUUGUGCUACCCAAUAAAACCAGGUUUUAAUCUUUCA